AUGGGUAGCCUUCUUAGUUCGAUUCUGGCCACAAUUCUGAUGAAUAUGAUUGAAGUACGGCAAAACGAGGCAAUCCAGCGAAUGUCUUUCUACAAAUGGAACGUGAAUAUUGCACUUAACACCUACAAUCAGUCUGGUCAUAUGGCUGUAUUGCCUAAUGAACUCAGUGCAGUACACCGCAAAGUGAAACCCAUGUGUGAGAAUGCAAAAGCCGGCAUAUCUGGACCGUCCUGUUUGAACUGCAUUCAAGCGUCGGAACGUUUUGGUUUCGUCUACGAUGUGAUUGCUGCCGACAAAGUGUGA